UUUGUUUAUUUGCAUUAAUCUGGCUAACUAAUAGGAAUUUUGCAAAAAAAAGAGUAUAAAAUUAAUUGCUUGCUUGUUACCAUCAUAAUGGAAAGCUCAGUUCAUUAUAUAGAAUUAUCAAAAAAUCCCAUACGAUUUGAUGCAGUGAGUCAGUUAACUAAUGUAUUCUUCGAUGACUCCAAUAAGCAGAUCUUUGCUGUACGAUCUGGUGGUGCUACUGGUGUGGUUGUAAAAGGUCCCACGGAGGAUAAAGUCAUCUCGUUUUGUAUGAGUGACCGUGGUGGGGCCAUACGUUCCAUUAAAUUCUCUCCCGACAAUCAAGUUUUAGCGGUUCAACGACGAGAAAACUCCGUAGAGUUUAUAUGUUUCCAGGGUGAUCAGCCACAGUUACAAAAUGUUAUUGUCCAUCAAGUGAAGGCUUUGGUUUAUGGAUUUGUGUGGGUGCAUAAUCGAGAAUGUGCCUUAAUUUGUAACUCGGGCGUGGAAAUAUUUACGGUAAUACCAGAAAAGAAUCAAGUUAAAUCAAUAAAGACCAUGAGUAUGAGCAUUAAAUGGUUUGCAUGGUGUUCCGAAGCCAAUAUAGCAGUUUUGUGUACCACAGACAGCCAGAAUUCAUUGAUACCAGUGUUGAUCAAACAGAAAUCAAUAACGAAACUGCCAAAAUUGGAAUUGGGCAAUUCAACCAGAGAAAUACAAGAGAGCAAGGUGACCUUAGGACAAAUUUAUGGUGUCAUGGCCGUGUUGAUACUUCAACCCAGUAGCUCUGGCAUGAUUGAGGUAGAAGUUUAUCUUCUAAAUGGUCCUGGUUUGGCUCCCCGAAAAUGUCAUGUUCUACGUUUGGGUUUAGUCGGUCGUUUUGCUAUUAAUACUGUGGACAAUCUUAUUGUUGUACAUCAUCAAGCUUCAGCUACAUCACUACUCUUUGAUAUCUCAUUAAGUGGAGAAGUGGUCAACGAUGUGACAUAUCACACACCUAUAACAGCUGGACGCUCCGUGAGACCAUUUGCUUUGAAAUUACCCAGCCUUUUACCAGAUGGCCAAAUCUUACAAUGUGAACUAUAUUCUACAAACUGGGUACUAUUUCAGCCUAACAUAGUGAUUGAUGCCAAGCUGGGUUGCAUGUGGUACUUGCACUUAGAUAUAGAAACUUUAUGUACCUUGAUAUCAGAUCGAAUAAGACUAACAGAAUUUCUCUUACAACGCGUUAAUGGAAAGAGCGCUCUAUUGAAAGUACUUCGUCAGUUGGUAUGCGAACAAUACAAUGGAUCAUUUCUGCCUGUGUUGGAAACGAUAUUCAAUAAAAUAAACACAGUCUAUGCCUCAUGGGUUCAGAUACAAUUACAAAAUCAAAUGGCCCAACCAUCAAAUGUAAAGACCACACCAAGAUUAUUAGUACCACCAAAAGUAUUAAUCGAACAAAUCGAUAUGCAUAGUCAAGUCUUCCAAUCAAUUGCUGAAAAACCUCAAUGCGAAACAAUACUUUUGCUCUAUUUACAAUCGCUUUGUAAACACAAUAUAGCCGCUCAAGAAGAAUUUAGUAAGAUGCUUAUAGAUGAGUUAAUACGCAACAAAAGUUUUGAUACUCUACGUCGCCUGGUCGAAUAUUCGCUAUUGAUGGAGUCCAAAGCUAUUGCUUGCUAUCUACUGUCACAUUCCAAUGAAGACUGUGCUGUAUCACAAGUUGCCUUAAAUAUGUUGAACAAAAUAAAAGCCAAUGAAAUUGUGAUCGAAGUGUUGCUGGGACAGGGCAAAGUUGUUGAUGCCCUACGUUUGGCUAUCAACACUACGGAAUUAGAACGUAUAUCGGCAAGAAAGUUCUUAGAAGCAGCCCAAAAGUCAAAAAACGACAUCACCUUUUAUAGUGUAUUUAAAUUUUUUCAAAUGCGUAAUAUGAAGCAACAUGGCAGUAUGGACUUUUUAAAAAAUGAACAGUGUUAUGAAUUUGUGCAACACUAUAAUAACUUAUAUAAUAAUACUUCAACAGUUCACUCACCGUGAUGUGUAGCGAUAUUAAAGCACAUAAUUGGGUAAAAAUGCUUAUAUGUAUUAUAAUUAUUAUUAUGUUGAGAACGAAAAAAUUUUCAUUUAUUGCAGGCUUUCAAA